UAUAAUGGUCAUACCACACACCGUUCGAAAGCUGAGAACGUCAGCUUUCAUAUGAACCCAUCCUCAAAGAUCAACACUCUCCACACAGCUAACAGUGGGCUAAUCUUCUCUGUGUGUGAUGUCAUCAAAAUUGCAACCGAAAACGGGGUGUACUUACCUUUGAAAAUUUCUCAAUAUUCCCAACGAAUGUUUUAUGGUCCAAGAUUUCUUCUCUGAGUCAUCCAGUGUCCACAAUGUUGGAAUAUCCAGGCCAUUUACUUCAAAUCCUUGUGUUUUUGUGAUAAUCCCAAUGUUUCCUGGCUUCCUGCAUACGUUGUGUAAUUGUAUUUCUUCACUACAAGCGUCUUUGAAGACGAAGGAAUCCACUCCACCGCACGAAAUGCGCAAAACAGUGCCUGAAUGAUGUUCUCGAAGGUCUUAGCUUUUGAUUGACACCACCCACGAGCCAAUCGGAUCCUCCUAUGGAAAGUUACAGGCGAUUGAAGACCAAUAGGGCACUGCUAUUCAAAUCUGACCUCCCGUCUUUACCUCGCCAUUGGCGUAGGACAGUGAGAGUUUCGGGUUUCAUGAGUCACUGAAUAUUAUAGUUGAGAUUCAUAGCUUUCAAACGAGCUAUCACUCGACUGCCUUGGACUUACAGAGAACCACCCACUUGCUGUUUUCGAUGUUUGCGUAAUUGCUCGCGUAAACAGCAAGCUGUAGAGUUUUGAGAGGACGCACCGUUACGCGAGAGAACAGUAGACUUUACACAGACUUCGGAAGACAGCACGGGACAUACAGUUUGCGUACAGUCUUACAGACAGUCUACUGCGUGCAAAAUGUCUGGUAAGAAGGCAACGAGCAAGAAGAAGAAUGUUGCUGGCCCAACUAAGAUGACUGCUCAACAGGCAGCCGAAUGGAUUUUACAAUCCAGCGACGAAGAGUCCGACGCAGGGAGCAUGUCAUCGGUUGACUCUGUGGCAUUUUUGGAAGGACUCGAUCCAGCCUUGGAGAUAUCCUCUGAUGCAGACUGGCUCCCUGAACAGGAGGAGGAGGAGGGGGAGGAGGAGGAGAGCCAGGUGGAGAAAGAGGGGCAGAGAGUUGGUGAGGAGGAAGGAGACGAUCAACCAUCAGCCUCUUCGCCGGCUACCACCAGAGCAAGGAAGAGGAAAGCAGCGCAGCCAUCCAGCGCCACACCUGCCACCAAGAGAGGCAGAGGAAGAGGGAGAGGAAGAGGAAGAGGAAGAGGAAGAGGAAGAGGACAGGGAAGGUGA